UGAGGCUGUUUCUCCAGUGCCGGGUGAGCUCAACCCGGAGAAUGGUCCCGGUCGCUGCGCUCUAAGGAAUGAGCCAGAGAGGCAGGAUGUUGAGCUGGGUGGUGGUUCUCUGCUUGUGCGCCAGCUCCUGUAGCUCAAGACAUCUGGAGUACUCGGUGUUCGAGGAGACGGAGCGCGGCGUGACCGUGGCGAACGUCGCCGCCGACUUAGGGUUGGCAGCAGGCACGCUUAUUUUCCGGAAAUUUCGCCUCCUUUCCAGCAACGGCGGCGAGCCGUACUUCGGGAUGGAGCCGAGCAGCGGCAGCCUGUUCGUCCGGGAGCCGGCGGACCGCGAGCGGCUUUGCGGAGCCAAGGCUACUUGCAUUCUCAACUAUGAGCUAGUGCUCAAAGAGCCAUUGGAGCUUCACAGGAUGAGCGUCCGAAUUCUGGACCUCAAUGACAACCCUCCUUGCUUCCUCGAAGGCGAGGUGCGGCUUCACCUCGCAGAGUUCCUAGCUCCGGGAGCCCGCUUCACACUUCCCAACGCCCAGGACGCAGAUGAAGGAACCAACGGGCUCCUGAGCUACUCGCUGAGUCCUAGCGAGCACUUCCGCCUGGAGUUGGGGAGCCGGACUGAUGGCAGCGAGUAUCCAGAGCUGGUGCUGGAUAAAUCGUUGGAUCGUGAGCUGCGUGCCACCCACAGGCUGGUGCUGACCGCUCGGGAUGGGGGUCGGCCGGGUCGUUCCGGGUCUGUCCAGGUCACAGUCACCGUUGUGGACACCAAUGACAACGCACCCGAAUUUCAGCGCUCAGUGUAUCGGGCCAGGGUCCCAGAGACAGCGCCCAACGGGACUGUGCUGAUCCAAGUGCAAGCCUCGGACCCUGAUGAAGGUCCCAACGGGGAGGUCCGGUACGCCUUCAGCAACAGCACUCCAGCAGAACUGCGGCAUCAGUUUCGAGUGCAUUCCCACAGCGGGGAGGUGAUUGUGGUGGCGCCGCUCGGGCCCCCAGACACGCUGCUGGAGAUAUUCAUCGAAGCAAGAGACGAUGGAGCGUUUAGCCUGGCCAGCACUGCCAAGCUGCUAGUGGAAGUGACCGACGUGAACGACCACGCCCCAGAGGUGAGCAUCACGUCACUCUCCAGUCCAGUGCCCGAGGACGCGCCUCCGGGCACUGUGAUCGCUCUACUGAGUGUACGAGAUGAAGAUCGAGGUCCAAAUGCGAGGGUGACCUGCACCAUACAAAGCAGCGGCCCCUUCCAGCUACACCCUUCCUUCGACAACUACUACAGUCUGUUAACUGAUGGACCGUUAGACCGGGAACAGACCAGCGAGUACCAGGUCAUAAUCAUCGCUUCCGACGGCGGCUCUCCUUCGCUAACCACGCGCAGGACCGUGACCGUGCUCGUGGAGGAUGUGAAUGACCACGCGCCAAGCUUUCCUUUGCCCCAGCAGGAGUUCUUCGUGGCGGAAAACAACGGCGCUGGGGCCUCGUUGGGCCGCGUGUUCGCCCAGGACCCGGAUCUGAGUCAGAACGGCCUUGUGACCUACUUGCUGCGGGACCUUCACUCAGACAGACCUCUGGCCUCCAGCCUGGUGGAAGUGGAGUCGACAAGUGGAGCCAUCACUGCCAAAACUUCCUUUGACUUCGAGCAGCUCAAGUCAUUUCACUUCGUGGUGGAAGCCUUGGAUGGCGGCAUUCCUGCCAGGAGCACAGAGGUGACGGUCAGCGUGUUCAUCAUGGACAGGAAUGACAAUCCCCCAGCCAUCUUAUAUCCCGUGGUCAGAAACGGCUCAGUCCCAGUAGAAAUUGUGCCCCGUCAGGCCAAAACGGGGCACUUGGUCGCCAAGGUAGUAGCCGAAGAUGCGGACAGUGGGCCAAACGCUUGGCUUUCCUACCAUGUCCUGCAGGUUUCGGACCUGAGCCUUUUUGCUAUCUCCCCUAACACAGGAGAGCUCCGGACACUGCGCCCCAUUCUGCCAGCAGAUGCAGUAAAGCAGAAAGUGGUAAUCGUGGUUCAGGACCACGGGGAUCCUCCCCUCUCCUCCUCGGUCACUUUGGGUGUACUGUUGGUAGACUCUCCCCCACAGGUCAUUCCUGACUUCGGGGACGGAUGGGAAACACGUGGACAGCUUUCGGCCCCUAAUUUGUAUUUAGUAAUAGCCCUUGCGUGCAUUUCCUUUCUGUUUCUGGGGUGUUUAGUCUUCUUCAUUUGCAUCAAGUGGAACCAAGACCGAGCUCGCGGCUCUCAUAGCUGUUGCCCUUCUCGCUGUUGCUCCCCAGAGUCGUACCAACGUCGAAAGAAGAUACCUCAGAACCCUGGCCUGACGUCUGCCACCAUCGACGUCACUGCAGUGGGGAGGCUUUCUCAAACCUACCUCUACCAGGCUUCUCUGGGGUUUGGUUCCAGCAAUAACAAUUUACUGUUUCGUGGAGAAUACAGCACAGCAGACCUGAGGAAUAUAGUCAAUGGGGUUGGAUUGAAUUUGCCUGUAUCCUGUAUUCAGAUUCGAAACAGAAAAGGGGACCAUGCACAUGACAAUGCUAUGCCAAAACAACCCAACCCUGACUGGCGUUACUCUGCCUCUCUGAGAGCAGGAAUGCACAGCUCUGUGCACCUGGAGGAAGCCGGCAUCCUGCGGGCAGGGCCAGGAGGGCCUGAUCAGCAGUGGCCAACGGUGUCCAGUGCAACGCCUGAACCAGAGGCAGGAGAGGUAUCCCCCCCUGUAGGAGCUGGUGUCAACAGCAACAGCUGGACCUUUAAAUACGGACCUGGCAACCCCAAGCAACCUGGCCCUGGUGAGUUGCCAGACAAAUUCAUUAUUCCGGGAUCUCCUGCAAUCAUCUCCAUCCGGCAGGAGCCACCCAACAGCCAAAUUGACAAAAGUGACUUCAUAACCUUUGGGAAAAAGGAGGAGACCAAGAAGAAGAAGAAAAAGAAGAAGGGCAACAAGACCCAAGAGAAAAAAGAGAAAGGGAACAGCACCACUGACAACAGUGACCAGUGAGGGAUUCAAUGGAACAAAGCCACUUAGCCAGUUUUGUAAUAAUGGCAGAUCUCUCUUAUGUAGCAACUCCUGACUCUUUCCUCCUGUCCACACCAGUCCUAUCUGUACAGAUCUCAGAAAUCAGCAGAAAGUUCCCAGUGUCUGUCUAGAUCACAUAUAACAGGUUUUGUCUUAAAAGCUUUACUCAGUCUGAUGUUAACUCUUUCUCUCCACUCUGGCUUGUUUUCAGAAUCUAAAAAGCAGACCCAAGUUUCCUUUCUCCUCCGCCGCAAAGGAGAGGCCUCCCAGCCCCACCCGUGAGAGGUUGGACUCUUAGCCUUGUGCUCCUGGAAUCCUGUCUUGAUGGCACUAACAGGGCAGGCUGAAAGGUUUUCAGAUUGGGCAGCUGGGCCUUACUUUUGAUGUGUGCCUGUGCAUGUGGGGGGUGGGGGUGGGCGUGGAGGUAUUCGGGCGUGUAUGUGUACAGAAGUCAACAAAAGAAGGCAAAAUUAGGUUACUUAGUGCAAGAAGAGGGUAGAAAUGUGAAGAAACAAAACAAAUGAGUAGUUCUGAACUUUUUAGGCCGAGGAGGAAACCUGAGAAAGGAAGUGACUAGAUUUUCCAAACUUAGUGUGGGAUAGGUAAGGAAUCUUUAAUGACAGGAGGUGGUACCCAUUCUCUAGACAAACCUGUAUUCUGCCCCUCUGACCAUUAGCCUAUUUAUACAAUAUUAGGGGUCCUGGAAAAAAAUUGGCUACGUUGUCUUUCUAAAACCUUCAUUAUGUUAGAAAAACAAUUCCUGACUCUAAAUCGAGGCUGGUCAGGUGGACAUAUUGGAAAGUGAGUGGCAUGGAUGCUGUUUCCUGUAUGUCCUUGUACUCACUCUGUUAAACAUUCUUUUGCACACAAUGUCUCUGAAAAGGCCAGAUCCUUUUCCCAUAAUACAUAUGCAAAAGGGAAAGAAAAACCCCCAACACCUCACUUUAUCUAUGCUCUUUGUUAUUUGAUAGAUUUAUUUAAAAAUGAAAGUAUAGAUGUAAAUGUUGAAAACAAAUAUGAUAAAUAUGAUUCCCCUUUACCCCCAAAAGAGAAUUAAAUCUACAGCCAUUAGAAACAAUCAUUGCUGCUACUGAAGUGCUUUAGAGAAAUUGCCUGAAACAUCUGUAUUAUAUCGGCCACCUGCCAAUCACAGCUUUACUCUAUCAGGUCACUCUGGGACUGCCUCUUGCAUGUAUUCGUUACUAAACCCAAGGAUCCCCAUCCUUUAAAAAAUGUUUUUUAUGUGCACUUUGAUUACACAAUCUUCUUCAAUCAACUGUCCUAAGACUCAGAAAUGAAAGAUAGUUGUUGUUUUCUCAGACAUUCAGAACACACUUAACAGAUCCUGUAAUUCUGUGAAUUGUCUUGGUGCGCUAACUUAAAAACUCCCCUUUGGUUUUGUUUCCCUUUUUUCUAUGACACUCUGAAUUGCUGCCCUUACUACUACUCAUGAUGUAAAAUCCAACUACUGUAUGUAUGCUGUAUGCUCUUAUAAAAAUCCUGAAAUAUACUUACUCUGUGCUUGUGUAUGUGAAUGUCAAUGCAACUAUUACCUAGAGUGAACUUUAAGCUUUGUUGUUGAAUGUAACUCCAUUACAUUUCUUUUUUGUACACCUGUGAAAAAAGUGGAAUAGUGUUCAAUUUUUUUUGGAAAAAAAAACCACCACUGUUAAUCAGCUUUUGUGUAUGAAAGACACAGUAAAAUAUCUUUCUUAAAUCGAGA